AAACAAUAAAAAAGUGGCCUUUCCACAAUUCCUAUAUAUCUCUAUCUGGUGCAUAUGCUCACUCACAUUAUUGGCAUCUUAUAUAUACCAAACUCCCAAAAUAAAUUAAUAAAAAAAUAAAAUAAAAUGGGAAAGAGCAACAACCUAAUCGGAUUCCUCAACUUCCUCAGCUUAAUCCUCUCCAUUCCGAUCAUAGGCGGCGGCGUAUGGCUGAGCACCACCGACUGCAUGAAGUUCCUCCAGUGGCCGCUCAUCCUCAUUGGCCUCACCGUCAUGGCGGUGUCGCUGGCUGGCAUCGCCGGCGCCUGCUACCGCAACACUUUCCUCAUGUACGCCUACCUGUGGGCCAUGUUCUUCGCAAUCGCGGCCCUCGUCUUCUUCAUCAUCUUCGCCUACUCCGCCACCGAGAAGGGCUCCGGCCGCCCCGUCAUGAACCGGGCCUACCCGGACUACUCCCUUCAGGAUUACUCUGGCAGCUGGCUCGCCGACCGCGUCUCCUCCCCAGCCCACUGGGCCAAGAUCAGCGACUGCCUUCACGCCUCACACGCCUGCCGGAGCCUGCAUAGAAACGUCGGGGGAGUUCCUGAGUUGGCCGAUCGCUUCUACCGCAGGAAACUCACUCCCAUUCAGUCGGGAUGUUGCAAGCCACCAACGUCUUGCGGGUACACGUACAUGAACGAGACGUUCUGGAUCCCUGGCGAGGGGCAGACGGGAACAGACCCCGACUGCGCUCAGUGGAGCAACGAGCAGCACCAGCUAUGCUACAGCUGCAGCUCGUGCAAGGCUGGCGUGCUAGCCAGCCUCAAGAAGAGCUGGAGAAGAGCCUCGGUCAUCAACAUUGUCGUCCUCGUCAUCUUAGUUUUGGUUUACAUCGUUGCCUUAGCUGCCAUCAGACACAACCAGCAGCUCGAUGACGCCCAUGGUGAGACCCGUAUGCAGAAAGCCCGCCCGAGCUGGCUCUUCUGAUAAUGGCCCAACCGUGGACUUGAAUGAAAAAAGUAUAUGUAAAUAUAUUGUGAAAUAUUUUAGAAAUCAUGAUUCGAAUGGAACUACUUGGAACAUUAAAUGGAAUAAGAUCUGUAAUUUUAGUUUACCAAA